AAUGCGGCCAGGAACAUCGCGAGCGGGGACCAAUCAGAAAGCAGCUUUGCCUCUAUAACGGCGCGAGAGUGAGACGUCAUCGGUGAGCGACGAACGCUCUGGGAAAGCUUAUUUCCUAGAAAUAGUGGUGCGCGGAGAGGAAAGGCCUCGGGAUGUCUCUGGCAGAUGAGCUCUUAGCUGAUCUCGAAGAGGCAGCAGAAGAGGAGGAAGGAGGAAGCUAUGGGGAGGAAGAAGAGGAGCCAGCGAUCGAGGAUGUGCAGGAGGAGACACAGCUGGAUCUUUCCGGGGAUUCGGUCAAGACCAUCGCCAAGCUAUGGGACAGUAAGAUGUUUGCUGAGAUUAUGAUGAAGAUUGAGGAGUAUAUCAGCAAGCAAGCCAAAGCUUCAGAAGUGAUGGGACCAGUGGAGGCAGCGCCUGAAUACCGCGUCAUCGUGGAUGCCAACAACCUGACCGUGGAGAUCGAAAACGAGCUGAACAUCAUCCAUAAGUUCAUCCGGGAUAAGUACUCAAAGAGAUUCCCUGAACUGGAGUCCUUGGUCCCCAAUGCGCUGGAUUACAUCCGCACGGUCAAGGAGCUGGGCAACAGCCUGGACAAGUGCAAGAACAAUGAGAACCUGCAGCAGAUCCUCACCAAUGCCACCAUCAUGGUCGUCAGCGUCACCGCCUCCACCACCCAGGGGCAGCAGCUGUCGGAGGAGGAGCUGGAGCGGCUGGAGGAGGCCUGCGACAUGGCGCUGGAGCUGAACGCCUCCAAGCACCGCAUCUACGAGUACGUGGAGUCCCGGAUGUCCUUCAUCGCGCCCAACCUGUCCAUCAUUAUCGGGGCAUCCACGGCCGCCAAGAUCAUGGGUGUGGCCGGCGGCCUGACCAACCUCUCCAAGAUGCCCGCCUGCAACAUCAUGCUGCUCGGGGCCCAGCGCAAGACGCUGUCGGGAUUCUCGUCUACCUCAGUGCUGCCCCACACCGGCUAUAUCUACCACAGUGACAUCGUGCAGUCCCUGCCCCCGGAUCUUCGGCGGAAAGCGGCCCGGCUGGUGGCCGCCAAGUGCACACUGGCAGCCCGUGUGGACAGUUUCCACGAGAGCACAGAGGGAAAGGUGGGCUACGAACUGAAGGAUGAGAUCGAGCGCAAAUUCGACAAGUGGCAGGAGCCGCCGCCUGUGAAGCAGGUGAAGCCGCUGCCUGCGCCCCUGGAUGGGCAGCGGAAGAAGCGAGGCGGCCGCAGGUACCGCAAGAUGAAGGAGCGGCUGGGGCUGACAGAGAUCCGGAAGCAGGCCAACCGUAUGAGCUUCGGAGAGAUCGAGGAGGAUGCCUACCAGGAGGAUCUGGGAUUCAGCCUGGGCCACCUGGGCAAGUCGGGCAGUGGGCGCGUGCGGCAGACGCAGGUAAACGAGGCCACCAAGGCCAGGAUCUCCAAGACGCUGCAGCGGACCCUGCAGAAGCAGAGUGUCGUGUACGGCGGGAAGUCCACCAUCCGUGACCGCUCCUCGGGCACGGCCUCCAGCGUGGCCUUCACCCCACUCCAGGGCCUGGAGAUUGUGAACCCACAGGCGGCAGAGAAGAAGGUGGCUGAGGCCAACCAGAAGUAUUUCUCCAGCAUGGCUGAGUUCCUCAAGGUCAAGGGCGAGAAGAGUGGCCUCAUGUCCACCUGAAUGACUGCAUGCGUCCAAGGUGGCUUCCCACUGAAGGGACACAGAGGUCUAGUCCUUCUGAAGGGCUGGGAUCGGGUUCUGGCAGGCAGAACCUGCCCUGCCACCGGCCCCAGUGCUGGGACUGCCCAGGGAGGAGGCCUUGGAAGAGCCCAGCCCGGCCUCCCCCAGGACCGAGAUCACCGCCCGGUAUGGGCUAGAGCAGGUCUUCAUCAUGCCUUGUCUUUUUUAUUUUAACUGAGAAAGGAGAUACUUUUUUGAAAAGAGUACGAUUAAAAGGACAUUAUCAAGGUC